AUGGACGAUUAUCGAUUUAGACAAGUCCGAGCAGGAAGCGUUCAAAUACCGAAUGAGGAUGUUUGUGUGUACGCGGUAACACGACCACAAAACUAUGACGAUGCGGUCGACCAAUGCGCGAACUUGUACGGGGAAUUGGCGAAAAUCCAAAACGCAUUCGAGAACUCGUUUAUUUAUCGAAUUGUCGACCAAAACUUGAACAGUGCUGCUCCGUACAUCGGAGUUCGACGAAACGAUGAUAACACUUGGACUUAUUCCGACGGACUACCACUAAAAUACGAGAAUUGGGCUCCGAUGAGCUUCGUCGACGCAAUCGGCGAUCUCUGGCCCGAUCCGUGUAUGCCACAAGGGCUUUGGCCUUGGGGAUGUUGUACGACUUGUUCGAAUGUCACAACUGGCGUCUGGUCGAAAUGGACCGACUACACGACGUGCUCGAAAACUUGCGGUCUAAAAGGAAGAAAAGUGCAGCGAAGAACGUGUGAUUCGUUUUAUUGGGGAUGUCCGUGCACGGGUCCCUAUUCUCGUCUGGUCCCCUGCCCGACGAAUCCAUGCGGAUUAGCGCCCGUCUGUGCUGCUCCAUAUAAAAAGUGGAAGCCGGCUGGUGGCAGCAAAUACUAUUGUGGCAACGUGAGCCUGGCCACCGACUGGCACUACGCUGAAUGCGGCUCAUCGGCUUAUGGCAUCAUCGACUGCUUCCCGUGUCCGCCUGGAGGCGUGUGGUCGGCAUGGUCGAACGUAGGCGCGUGUACGAAGACCUGCGGGCUUUGUGGUUCAGUUAAACAGAUAAGAAAUUGCACAUCAGCUGAAUACGAAUGUCCUUGCACCGGUCCAACCAAUCGAACCACCACUUGUCCGAAGACUCCAUGCGCGGGAAAUAAAUGCUGCUUUGAUCAUCCUCUGGUGAAAAAUCUGGUCACCAACAAGACUCAAUGUGGCCUUCAAUUGGCGCCCGAUCAAGUUCUCCACCCGCCCGGUUUCACCGAUCCCGAGUGCAUAGAGGCGACAACACCUUUACCACCAACUACGACACGUCCUCCAUGUGGCUCAGGAUGCGCGCAGAAUCUCUCAUCCUACCGAGCUACUGGCGAAAAUGGCACCUUGAUUUUCACCUAUACAACGGAUGGAGCCGGUUGUCUCACAGCCACCUACUCAUGUCGGCGAAAUGAUUUCCCGAAUAAAAAUAUGUUCUUCGGUGUCAUGACUCAAGUGCGAACAGGGACUCGAUUUUUUGCCUAUAUCAAAUAUGGGAAUCCGGUGAUCUCCGAUUCAGCCCAUUACUUCCUUUGUUCGCCGAGUGCUGAAUGGGACUAUGUGGGGUCAACCGGUGGGAAUUUGAUCACCGCCGUGCAAAUCGUCUGCUACAUCAACGCGACAACGAGCGGU